AUGUUUUGGCUAACAUUCUCGCCUAUUGCUGGCCCUUCACGAAUCUUUUUUAGCAUAUCUGAAGCAACGGUUGAUUUGUUACUGAAUUGGGGUCCGAUUAUAUUCUUACCUACACUACCAUUUGUCUAUCUAUUACUAAAUACAUACCACGGCUUUCGUAAAUGUGUACGUAUUUUUGCUAUUGUUCCUGUUGUAGCUACAUUAUUACGUCUUUUCCCGUUGAUAAUUGUAUCCCCGACUAGUGAAAAGUUUCAUGAUAUUGCUGUACCAUUUCUUCAUAUUGGCCAGAUUCUUAUUGCACUAACAGGUCCAAUAUCUAUGGCACUUGUAUCGCAACUUUCAUGUAUUUGGUUUCCUUUGCAUGAACGAACACGAUCAACGACUUUUGCUAUUCUUGGCGCAACUUCAGGUGGUGCUAUUGCAUUUGUCGUUGAGCCUCGUCUUGUAUCUGAAGCUUGGCAUAUUCCACGUUUAUUAUAUAUGCAUACGGGGCAGGCUAUAUUUGUAUGUAUUCUCACUCUUGCCUAUUUUCCUGCCGAACCACCGUCUCCUCCAUCUGCUGCAGCUGAUAUGUUGACAACAAGUCACCUAAUCCACAUAAGACCGAUUCAACGAUUGAAAAAAUUUGCACUUGAUAUUUUUCAUUGUUGUCGAAAUCUAUCUUGUAUUCUUAUGAUUUUAUCAGGUGCUGUUAUGGGUGGCAUAUUUGCUGCAUGGGGUGGGCUCUUUGCUACUAUUCUUGCGCCAUUAGGGUACACAGAAAUCGAAGCUGGUUGGUUUGGUUUUGGUCAAACAAUAGCUAGUGCCAUUGGUUCAAUAGCCAUUGGUUAUAUUGCUGAUCUUCCACGAUUUCGACGUUCGUUUAAAUUAUUUAUACUUAUUUCUCUUACUCUUUGUUUCAUAUUUUGUUUAUUUUUUCAAUUGAGCGUUCGUACAGUUAUUUGGCCUAAAGAACCGAUAUUACCAUCAAGUUCUGCUUCUAUUGGAGUUCUCUUAUCUAUUAUUGGUUUUUUCUCUGGUGCUACAUCACCACUUUUUUACGAAAGUUUAGCUGAAAUCAUGUAUCCUUUGCCAGAAUCUUUAACGACAUCGAUAUUAGUAUACAUUUUUAAUAUUAUAACACUUUGUUUUAUUGCAAUCGCUCCCAAUCAAUAUAAAUUAAUGAACUUAUUGGUAUUUCUAAUGAUUGGGCUCUGUAUUCUGAUGGUUGCAUGUGCUCGAAUUACUUAUAAUCGUAAAGAUGAAGAAUUGAGAAAAUGUCGAGGGCAAGAAAAUGAAAUUAGUGAAGAUGUAAAUCACAUUUAA